AUGAUGGAAAAGAAAAGCCCAUUCGACUUGGUUUCAGAUGAUUCCGAUCACCGAUUCAGCCACCACAACAUCCACAAAAACUGCUUCACAGAUUCAAAUAGCUUUGCAUACAGAAGAAUCAUGAAUGAAUGGAAAUUCCUUGCAAAACACCUCCCAGAUUUCAUCCACGUUAAAGCCUACGAACACCGCAUCGAUUUACUCCGCGCCGUCAUCAUCGGCUCCCCCGGUACACCUUACCAAGACGGUCUCUUCUUCUUCGACAUUGCACUCCCCGAAGAUUACCCGUUUAGCCCUCCAAAAAUCCAUUACAUCUCAUUCGGGUACCGGCUCAACCCGAAUCUCUACCCUGCCGGAACUGUUUGUGUAGGCCUUCCCAACACAUGGAACUGGAAGGGUAAAAAAUUCCAAAGUUGGACCCCUGCUACAACUUUACUUGCGGUUUUACUUUCUAUUCAAGCAAUGGUUCUUAACGAGAAGCCACUCUUUAACAAUCCUGCUUACAGUGUUUCAGAUUAUUCUCGUUUGGAAUCCAAAGCACGUGCUUACAACGGGGCCGUUUUCGUUCUCACAUGCUGCUCCGCUCUUUGUCUCAUUCAGAAACCACCUAAGAACUUCGAGGGAUUUGUUAGAGAACAUUUUCGUGAACGAGGACAUGUUCUUCUCGCCGCGUGUAAGGAGUACGCGAACGGGCGCGUGAGGGAUGGACAUUACGGUUACAACAGCAAUAACAAUAAUGUUAUUGAAGUUACCGAGUCUUUUCAGAAGCUGUUACGAAGUGCUUAUGGGAGUAUGUUUAAGAAGUUUCUAGAAUGUGGUGCUUCCUUGGAGGGAUUCGUUGCAGAGUUGGAGGUGGAAGUACCAGUACAAGAAAAGAGAUCAAACGGUGGGAAAGGAAUCUUCAAGAAAGCUAUGGGCAAGAUAAAACAAGUUUUGGGAUAG